GGGCAGCCUUGGCUCUAUGAAUUUGAACAUUCUUUUUUCAUUUAGCCCUUGAGGAUGGACAGGCAGGAGAGCUGAAACUUGUGACAGCUAGAGGGAAAGAAUACAGGAUAUGAGGAGAAAUAGGAUCUGAAGGAACAGUCCUGGGAUUCUUGCCUUUCUGGAAAAUGCAUUUACCACCCUGCUUUACAAGUCCUUUGGAAAGAAGAGAGCAUAUUUGCCUCCAGAGAUGAACUCAUCCUAUCAGCUACAAAUUCCAGAACUUAACUUGAGUACUUUUGGCAGCAACUUUACGGUGCCUACUGUCAAGAACAAGUCGUCACCAUGUGAGCAAGUGGUCAUAGCAGUGGAGGUGUUUCUAAUCCUGGGCAUUAUAAGCCUCCUUGAAAAUAUCUUGGUCAUCUGUGCAAUAGUUAAGAACAAGAACUUGCACUCACCUAUGUAUUUCUUUGUGUGCAGUUUAGCAGUAGCUGACAUGCUGGUCAGUGUUUCUAACGCUUGGGAGACCAUAACGAUAUAUUUAAUAAACAAUAAGCAUCUAAUUAUUGAAGAUGCUUUUGUACAACAUAUAGAUAAUGUUUUUGAUUCAAUGAUCUGCAUAUCUGUGGUGGCUUCCAUGUGCAGUUUGCUGGCUAUAGCAGUAGACAGGUAUGUCACAAUUUUCUACGCCCUGCGUUAUCACAACAUCAUGACAGUGAAAAGAUCAGGGCUCAUCAUUGCAUGCAUAUGGACAUUUUGCACUGGCUGUGGCAUUAUCUUCAUUCUUUAUUAUGAAUCAACUUACGUUAUCAUUUGUCUCAUCACAAUGUUUUUCACCAUGCUAUUCCUCAUGGUCUCUCUGUACAUACAUAUGUUCCUCCUGGCUCGUACUCAUGUCAAGAGAAUAGCUGCUUUGCCUGGAUACAAUUCUGUCCAUCAAAGGACCAGCAUGAAGGGGGCCAUCACUCUGACCAUGCUACUAGGCAUCUUUAUUGUUUGUUGGGCUCCAUUUUUUCUCCACCUCAUCCUGAUGAUUUCUUGCCCUCAGAACCUCUACUGUGUUUGCUUUAUGUCUCACUUCAACAUGUACCUCAUCCUUAUCAUGUGUAACUCAGUGAUUGAUCCCUUGAUCUACGCCUUUCGUAGCCAGGAAAUGCGGAAGACCUUCAAAGAGAUUAUUUGUUGCUAUAGCCUGAGAACGGCCUGUGGGUUGCCGAGCAAGUAUUAGGAAAAUGCAUUUUUGAAUGCGGAAACCAAGAUGCAACAUUACUAUUUAUCAGGAAAAUCAUGCAUCAAAAUUGUUAGCAUCUUCUUUCCCCUAUUUCUGCUGAAGGACUAUAAAAUGUCUUUCCACCUUAUACUUGUAAUGAGGAUCAUAUUUUUAUGGAAAUUAGAAAGCUGUUUUUCUAGUUUUACGUUAUUUGGUCUAUUUUCCCCUCUAUACACACCCAUAACUCUAACUGGCAUUAAUAGGAGUUAGCAUAUGCAUGUGAAUCAAGAGAAUAAUAGAACACUUGGGGCCAGAUUCAAGCCAGGUAUCUUAUAAAAGUAACAGUAAUUUCAUCCUUCCCCCCCUUUGAUUUUUACGGGCAGGGUACAUGAAUAUGUACAUGUGGGUAGGAUAUCCCUAUUUGCCUCACUGCCAAAUGCAGUAAGCAUUAACUAACACACAACCAAUAGUUGGGUUUCUAGUUACAUUUUCUUUGGGUACAACAUAGAAUCAUAGAAUCAUAGAAUAUAAGGGUUGGAAGGGACCCCAGAAGGUCAUCUAGUCCAACCCCCUGCUCGAAGCAGGACCAAUUCCCAGUUAAAUCAUCCCAGCCAGGGCUUUGUCAAGCCUGACCUUAAAAACAUGGCUCAUUGUGGCUGUCCGGUGCGAGAAUGGACAGGUUUCCGGUCAAUUUCUCCAUUGACAUAAAACCAGAAGAAUAACUGUGAUUAGCAUGAAGUGAAAAAUAUAAUCUGUAAACUUCAGCAUUCAUAUGCCUCAAUCAACACAAUUAUGAACAAGAAUUUAUAUAUGUAGAUACACACACACAUUUUUGUAUCCCAAUCAUGAUUGUUGCAUUCACAAAAUACAUACUGCACAAGAGGUCAAUGUAAUUGCAACAUUUCCCAGUAUUGAGCAUAGUAUUUUGUGGCACUUGUCUGUAUUUGUUCCAGUGUUCCUAUUACUGUAUGUCUCGGCAAAGGUGUACCACAUGCUGGUUUUAAGGCUGCAGUGGUUCAUCUUAAAGGCAGCGCGGAUAUCAUUUUUUCUGGGCCCUGAAAUGAGUACAGCAUCUUUGGCUUCAAGGUAGACAAAGGUAACCCAUGUAACAUUUUAUGGAGGGGGUUUGGCCAAUGAGCAUGUCAUACGCAGCAGGAAGAUUGUCAGGUGUGGGUGGCUUUGGGGCACUUAUUAUUGAAGAAAUUACAGCGUAUAUCUUUCACGAUGGAUAUUACACAAAGCAGGGAUGGUUGUCAAGGCAUGGUGCGGGUAGGCUGUCAGCAAAAGAUGGCUCCCAGGAACAUGGGAGAAUGUGCAACAUGUUUAUAUAGGACUAAGCCAGCAUCUGAUAUGCUUUUCUCUUUACCGAGAGGCUGCCGUUUUCAUAAAAUACAUCAACCCUCUUAUAUUUUGUAUGAGCAAUUUGCAUCCUGUUGUGUUCUCUCCAAUAUUGUCUUUUGUAACAGUUAUGUAAUGUGAAGAAUAUUGGAUUUGGUCACGGAGGAAGAAAGUACAAUCAAUUAGCCACAAAAUAUUCUAAUUUCUCUUCCAAGGAAUGAUACAGAUGUCUACAGAAUGUCCUCCCAAAUGCUGGAUUUUUGCAUUUAGAUAUAAAAUAUAUAAAAACUCAUAGAGAAAACAGUUUCAUACUGAUUACACAUCUGAAAUGCAAGUUAGCUCACAAGAGUAAAUUAUUCCUUUCCAAAGUCAAGAGGUUACUCUUGUUAAAUUGUCUCCAGUGAACCUGUUUCAAGGCCCAUUAAAGCCAGAGGAAAGACUCCCAUUAUCCCAACUGGUUUUAGAUUAGGUCCUUAGAUCGUAGCAUAUUGUAGAAAAAAAUCUCGGAUGUUUUAUUAUAAAUGUCAAUUUUUUUCUCCAAACUCAGCACCUUAUGCAGAGCUAACCUCAAAAACACAGAAAUCCAGAGAUCCGCACUGUUAGGAGGACAGCUGAAUAUCUUCAUGCCUACAUUUUCAAUGUGGAGGUUUGUGGUAUUAUGAUAGGCUAUUAUCAGCCUUCCUGACUUGUACCUUUUUCUUGCUCUGCAGUGGAGAUUGGAUGGUAAAGCUUUGGACUUGUGUUUGGAAAGUAGACAAGUUUACAAAAUGAGGGCCAUAUACUGCCCUUGAUCUGCAUUCUCAGCUCCCAUUUACGUGAAUGGGCAUUUCACUCACAGUUGAGAGACCUGAGUACAGAAUUUUAGUAUACCAAUUGUAUUAGGAACCCACCAAUACUUGAGGGGCCAGAUUAUUCCCUCAGUUACACCUGAGAAUGGGAUUUUACAUUGGCAGAAUUUUGCUUUAAGGUGAAGUUCACUCCAGUGCAGAGUUCACCACUUAAAUCCCACUUUAAGUAGCAUGGAUAGCCACUCUGCACUGUGGUGAAUUUCACUCUAGCUAGGGUGAAAAUGAGACAGUACCCUUAAUUUCCAGCAACAUAAUUAAAGGCACAACAUGUCUUCAAAUCACUAUGUAAAUAAACCAUGAAAUCCUCAUUAGGUAAUUCAGUUUGAAGAUAUAUAUGUGUAUAUGUAUAUGAGGUCAUAUUGUAAAUAAUUGUAAAUCAGUAAAUAGGAAACCAAUACUGUAAAAGCUUUGGAUAUUUUCUUGAAUUGUACAUUACCUCAUAUUUUUUUUUUGCUCUGGAAUUUUAUUUGAUGUAAAAAGAUAAGUAUCUGAGGUAAUUAUUAAAGUGGACGGUUGGGAAACCCA